AUGUGUAGAGAGGCUUUGGCUGCCAAAGCUGCUGCAGAGGCUAUACCCACGUUCAACAUGAUUGACGACGUCAUCCGCGCCGUCGCUGAGUACCUGGGGCGAUCAUCACCGUGGCAUCAACGAUUCAUGGAGCUGCAGGAGGUCUUCACGUCUACCAAUCUCGAGGUGCAAGGGAUCCACGAGCUCGACUACCCCUUGGUGCAUGCGCAGAUUUUGCGCACAACGUCUCUCUUGGAGAGCCGGUACAUCGACUACGGAGACGACUUCGGCGGCGGCCCCAACGAGCGGCUUUAUCGCUUCAUUGAGAAGCACGGACCGAAGGGGUCACCAGAGAUGGUGGUGGAAGGCGCGUCGUCAGAUGGGAGCCUCAACCGCUUCAAGGUCAUCCUACACGAGCGCAGAGUGGCGAACUAUCUUGGGCCAGGUCAUCACGAUGCGUGUGUGGCGCUCUGCGCCGACAUGGCCGAGCUCCUCGUCCAACAGCUCCAGUCAAAGCUCGGCGACCUCGACUCUCUUUCCGGCGUGCGACUUUUCAUUCCUGACUUGUGGCAACCGAAUUGGGAGAGGCACGCGUGGCAGGCACAGUGCCUUGAGUGGCUGUUGUCAUUAGUCACUCUGUUUCGCGCCGAUGGCUCAGACGAGAUUCUACCAGGUCAGUUCAUGAUUGCACGCUCGGUCGACCGUUGA